AUGUUCCGACUUUUUUUUUUCAAAGCCAUUCUGACAAUGCUUUAUCGCGUCAUUGCUAAGCUGUUUGCUUUCCCGACAGGUCCAUCGCCAGAUGAACUUGUAAAUCAAGUAGAGUGGUGCUUGCGCACAGAUGAUCCCCAUGCCGUAGAUGAAGUUGUAUCCCUUCAUUAUGAUGCACUGGAAUACUCCAGCGCGACACAUGAUCAGCGAAGGCUAUUGCGUCAAGGCAAUAGCCAAGACCUCGAAAAGGCCAUCGCAUUUUACAGGGAAGCACUGGCUUUGCAGCUGGUAGGUCACCCGGACCGGCCCGUGUCAUUAAAUAACCUUGGAAGUGGUCUCUCCACCCGCUUCAAGCACCAAGGCAAUGACAAAGACUUGGAUGAAGCUAUCAUGCUCCACAUGGAAGUGCUGAGUUUGCACUCAGUCGGUCACCCAGAUCGGUCUUCAUCAUUAAAUAUCCUCGGCAAAAAUCUCUUCACCCACUUCGAGCACCGAGGCAAUGACCAAGACUUGAAUGAAGCUAUCGCACUUUUCAGGGAAGUGCUGAGUUUUUGUCCGGUCGGUGACCCAGAACGGUUCGAGUCACUAUGUAAUCUGGGGAUUCCACUCUACAGCCGCUUCAAGCACCAAAGCAAGGACCAAGACUUGGAUGAAGUCAUCACGCUUUACAGGGAAGCACUGAUUUUGUGCCUGGUCGGUCACCAAGCACAGUACCCAUCAUUAAAUACCCUUGCGGUUCAACUCUCCACCCGCUUCAAGCGCCGAGGCAAUGACCAAGACUUGGAUGAGGCUAUCAUGCUUCACAGGGAAGCGCUGAGUUUGCGCUCCCUCGGUCUCCCAUAUCGGUUCAUAUCACUACACAACCUUGGCAACGACCUCUCCACCCGCUUCAUGUGCCGAGGCAAUGACCAAGACUUGGAUGAGGCUAUCAGGCUUCAAAGGGAAGCGCUGAGUUUACGGUCGGUCGGUCACCCAGAUCGGUCCAUGUUAUUAAGUAACCUUGGCGAUCACCUCUCCAUCUGCUUCAAGCUCCGAGGCAAUGACGAAGACUUAGAUGAGGCUAUCACUCUCUGCAGGGAAGCACUGGCUUCGCACCCAGUUGGUCAUCCACUUCGGUUCAUGUCAUUGAAUCACCUUGGGUCUGGACUCUCCACCCGCUUUGACCACCGAGGUAGUGACCAAGACUUGGAUGAAGCUUUCACAAUUCAUACAGAAGCGCUGGCUUUACAGCCCAGUUGCAACGGGGGUAAUGGCCAAGACUUGGAUAAGGCGAUCGCGUUUUUCAGGGAAACACUGGCUGCAAUGGCAGUGGGUUGCCCGGAGCGUUCCUUGUCAUUAUUUAACCUUGGGGGUGGAGUCGCCACCCGCUUCAACCACCAAGGCAAUGAUCAAGACUUGGAUGAGGCUAUCACGCUUUGCAGGGAACCAUUGUCGUUGCACCAAGCCGGUAAUCCACAUAUGUCCAUGUCAUUAAAUAAUCUUGCAGCCAUACUCUCCUCCCGCUUCCAGUACCGAGGCAAUGUCCAAGACUUGGAUGAAGCUAUCGCGCUACACAGGGAAGCGCUGAGUUUUCAUCUGGUCGGUCACCCAGAUCGGUUCAUGUCUUUAGAUCACCUUGGGGGUCAACUCUCCACCCGCUUUGACCACCGAGGCAAUGAUCAAGACUUGGAUAAGGCCAUCGCGCUUUCCAGAGAAGCGCUAGCCUUGUGCCCAGUCAAUCACCCACAUCGAUUCUCGUCAUUAAAUAACCUUGGGAAUGAAUUAUUCACCCGUUUUAAGCACCGGGACAACGGUCAAGACUUAGAGGAGGCUAUCGCACUUCACAGGGAAGCACUGAGCUUGUGCUCGGUCAGUCAUCCAAAUAGGUACCCAUCAUUAAAUAACCUUGCGAAUACACUCUCCGUCCGCUCGGAACACCAAGGUGACGAGCAAGACUUGGAUGAGGCUAUCGCACUUCACAGGGAAGCGCUGAGUUUGCGCUCAGUCGGUCACCCAGAUCAGUUCACAUCAUCAAAUAAUCUUGGGAAUGUACUGUUGUGGCUCAUCAGUCGCUUGCUAUCGCCUAUCUGUUGUCCCAUCAAUCAGGACUACGGGCCUAUCAUCGUUCUUGUUGCAAGCAAGUCGUAUUGCCAUGCAAUCAUCGUCCCACAUAAGGAACCUCCGGUUAAUGUAGGACUCGCUAUCAACGUAGAAAAACUCGAGCGAUUGGUGUUCGCUUUCCAACGGACGGUGAACAACCCUCUGUCACGGGAAAAACAAGGAAAGCUGAUAGAAGCUUUGAGAGAGUUAUGGGUCGAGAUCGUGCACCCUGUGGUUGAAAAUCUGGCAAAUUUGCAAAACCAGGGUCGCGAAUAUGGUGGUGCCCAACCUCUCUCUUCAACUUCAUGCCUUUGCACGCUGCUGGCGAGUAUAGGCGGGGCUCGCAGACGCCGUGAUCAAUCUCUCCCCGUGUCGUUUGCCGCCAUUGGUCAGAAUCACCCAAAAGGAGCUUCAUCUAUUUUGGACUGUGUGGAGCCUGAGCUGACAUUGGUGCAGAGCCUUUUACCCCGUCCCCCGAUGGUUUCCUUCACGAAGAUCACAAGCAUUGAUGCUACAAAAUCAAGAGCGUUGUCCGCAUUGCAAGAUAAUCCUUGGCUCCAUUUUGCAUGUCACAGGACACAGAAUCAUACAGAACCAUUCAAGUCAGCCUUUCUCAUGUGCGACGAACCGCUUUCACUCCUCGAUAUUACACAAAUGGAUCUAUCUUCACAUGCAUUUGCAUUCCUUUCCGCCUGUGAGACCGCAGUCGGCGACUUUCACACUCCUGACGAAGUGAUACACCUGGUGGCUGCUCUCCAAUUUGCUGGGGUGAACAGUGUUGUUGGGACAUUAUGGGAGGUCAAUGAUAGUGCUGUGCAGCGCUUAGUGGAGGCAUUCUACAAAAACUUUUGCGGGGAUGGCACAAUGAAUUCAAAACGAGCUGCCCGAGCACUCCACCGAGCAGUCCAGUUGUUGGCUGAUGACAAAGACAUGCCCUUGGACCAGCGCAUAGUGUUCGCUGUUGCCUCCGAAGAGCACAAGGCGACCAAUCAGAAAGAUUCAACGAAGUUCAAAUUCGUACGGCUUCGAAGUCGCAGGAGCUCUGUUAGCCAUAUCGUGCUCGUGCAAGUGGGCGAUUUCGAACGAUUUUAUAAAGAUGGGCUCACGGGACUCGAACUGGGAAAGUUUUUGGAGAACGAGGUGAAUAUUGCUACGGAGAAUCCCUUGGCCAAUGACGAAGGCUAUACCAACUUGAACAAGAUCCUUUCAGAAUAUGGCGAGCGAUCAUGGAACACGGUACCAUGGGUAUGA